AUGGAUAGCAGCAACGAUAAUAACAAUAAUAAUAAUAAUAGUGAGUUAAUAGACAUUCAUGCAGAUUCCGCUGCUGCUGCUGCUCUAUUACAGGCAAUGAAGAAGAAUCAUUUAGUGGCUUACUAUACACAUCCAUCCAGACUCCCUCUAGGCCACAGUGGAGCGAAAGAGACAAAACAACAACAACAGACACAAUCAGAUGAUGUUAUUAUGGAAUCUGCUUGUUUUUCAUUCCUUCCGUUUCCAACAUAUUGCGGAUUAAAUACAGUAGACAAAGUGCUCUAUAAACAUCAUUUAAGUUUUGACGUUACUGCGUAG